AACAUGUUUAGUUAUCAUGCUUGUAUAGACUGUAUAGGGUCAUCUUCUAGAGAGUACAACUGUUAGGUAUAUGUUUGUGUACUCUCUUCCUCUCAAUUAUCAAUUUCACUGUUUAAUAUGGUAUCAGAGCCAAAGGUCUUGGGUUCAACUCCCGGUGCCAGCGCUGCAGAGGCGCUCGUGUCUUCCACCUAUCCCAGCGGGGGGGGGGUGUUGAGUCAGCAACUGGUGCUCACUCCCUUUCCCGCCCAACUGUUUACCCUAAUCCUUAGCGGACCGUUCGGUCCAUUGCCCAAGCCUUGUUAGUUAGACGUCUCAUGACCGUUGCAUCACGGCAGUCGAGUUGCUCUCGCGCGUCGCGGGAGCGAUGGACGGGUCGGCGACGUGGGUGGUGGAGGUGACCAAGUACAAGGACCAGACCAAGGACGCGCUCUGCCUCGCCAUCGCGCACGCGCAAGCGCUAUCGCAGUCGCAGUCGCCAUCGCUAGUGCUAUCGCGGCCGCCCAGCAUCCUCGUGGUGCACGUGAUGACCGAAGUGCCCUGCUCCCGCGGGAUGGAGCUGCCGGCGAGCGAGGUGGACGGCAAGUCCGCCAUGGAGCACGGGCGGCGCCUGGUGGAGGUGAUGCUGCGCCCCACCCUCGCCUACGCCAAGGCCAAACACGUGCAGUGCAGUGCGGCGUUGGAGCGCAACGACUCGCGUGAGCACGGCCUCUGUGCCGCCGCCAGACGAGCCAACGCGGAGCGCGUCUACAUCGCCGCCAGAAAGAAGCUGCUGAGCUGGUCGUCGGCGUCCACAUCGGGCUACCAGGCGCUGCUGCCGCCGUCCUGUGUGCUCAUGGUGGCGCAGGGCUCCAAGCAGCUGCACUCGCUGCCCGGCACGGGAGGGGCACAAGCUGCCUUCCCCAUACCUCCCAACCCCUUCAUUGGCUGUCGCUACAACGCCUCUGCCGCGCCCUCACUGCAGUCGUCUGACUCUGGCGCCGCCUCUCCCGACUCGCAGCACAAUGGCUCUGCCCCUUAUGCAGCCCCCCACCGCACCAUGCCCACGUCGCUGUCGGCUGCCAGCGACGCCUCUGCCCCCGCCUCCUCCCCCAGCCACAGCCUGUCCUCCAGCGGCCAGUUCUCCCUGCCGCCUGCCGCGCCUCACUGCACUCCGCCCGACCCCUCCGCGCUGGCCGCCCCUGACAGCCCCCUGGCGGACGCCGCCUCGCGUGUGGCGCAGUGCGCCGCUGCGGCGUCCAGCACGUCCACCCCCAGCGCCGGCACUCCCGGGGCAUGCACGCCCACGCACGCUCAGGGGCUGGCAGCAGCGCGCUCAGACGGGGCAGCAGGGGGGCCGUGGGAGUCGCCUGUGCGAGGCGGCUUGUCGUCCAUGUCAGUGGGGGCCAGUCCGCUGGGGGCCAGUCCGCUGGGGGCCAGUCCCCUCGCACCCAUGUCAGCGAGCUCACACCCUGAGCCGGGUGUGGCGAGUGCAGCAAGGCAGUCCCUGGACGCCGACCCCCACAGCGCUGAGAGGUUCCGCCGCUGCUCCUCCGAUGUCGGCAUGGCCCGGCCCUCCGGCCUGCCGCCCAUCCACUCCUCGCUGCCGGGCGCGCAUGGCUCCAGGGAGCAUGUGCGCGCGCUCUCGUCCAGCACCAGCGCGCUUGACUCUGCUGCCGCUGCUGCGCGCCUGUCCCCUGCGCUCAACGGUGGGGGGCGGCGCGGCGGCGUGGAGGCGGCAGUGGCGCUGGUGGCGCUGGAGGAGGAGAGGGAGGAGCCUGGGGGGGGACAAGGGGCGGGGCAGGGGGAGGAUGGGGAGGCGGGUGGGAGUGCGUCGCGGUCGCUGGCGGACGAGCUGGCGCGGCUGGACGAGGAGGAGGAGGAGGGCGCGCAGGGGGGGGGGGAGCGCUGGGAGGGCAGAGCUGUCAGCAGCAACCGCCUGGCGGAGAAGGGAGUGGAUGCAGCGGGGGGAGAGAGCCGAUCAGGGAGGCAGUCCCUGUCGCAGCAGCGCAUGCUGCACGUGAGUGGGCCGCACGCCCGGCACUGGAGUCGCGACCACGAAGAUGGCGCCUCCACGCCCGCCUUCGCACCUGCAGGUCCGGGGGCAGCAGCGGCAUCAGGGGCAUCAGGGGCAUCGGGGGCAUCUGGGGCGUGGGCGGGUGCAGGGGCAGCGGGGGCGGGGGCGUUUGAAGGGCUGUCCACGGAGAUGCAGUGGGGCGCUGCCACUGCCAGUCGCUCGCGCGACUUCUCCACGCGCAUGUCGUGGCAGCGCUUCCACGCGCACUCCUCCCAGACCGCUGGCAGUGGCGCAGGGGGGGGGCUCUCCAUCAGCCGCUCCUCCUUUGGCGCCGGCCCACUCAGUCCACGCUCCGCCGCCCAGCUGCUGAGCGAGGGCGGCAUUGACUGCCGGCUCUUCUCUCCGGAGCAGCUGGAGCGCGCCACUGGGGGGUACAACGCGGCGAACCUUCUAGGAAGGGGGUCGUUCGGGCAGGUGUUCCGUGGCGAGAUGCUUGGGUGCGCGGUGGCGGUGAAGCGGCUGGAGGGGCAGGGGUGGCAGGGGCCCGAGGAGUUCCGCAUGGAGGUGGAGGUGCUCAGCCGCAUGCGCCACCCCAACAUUGUGCUGCUCAUGGGCUGCUGCGUCGAGGAAAUGGCGCUCGUCUACGAGUUCCUCCCAGGCGGCACGCUGCAGGACAAGCUCGGCCCGCCCACGACUCCCGAUGAUGUGCCUCUGAGCUGGGCGGACCGGCUGCGCAUUGCGGCGGAGGUGGCGUCGGCGCUGCUGUACCUGCACCAGAACGAGCCGCCCAUUGUGCACCGCGACCUGAAGCCGGAGAACAUCCUGCUGGACGCGCACGUGGGCAGCAAGAUCGGCGACGUGGGGCUGGCGCGCCUGCUGGAGGCGGACGGGGCCACCACCAUGAAGGUGCGCGGCACGGCGGGGUACAUCGACCCCGAGGAGGUGGAGACGUGCGAGAUCAGCACGCUGUCCGACAUCUACGCCUUGGGGCUCAUCCUGCUGCAGCUGCUCACGGGGCAGAAGAGCGUCAAGGCCGUGCACCGCAUGCUGGCCGAGGCCGCCUCCAAGGGCAGGCCGCGCGCAGGGGGCGUGGGACCGGGGGGGGCGAGCGCGGAGGCGGUGGCAGUGGUGAUGCGGCACGUGGACACGGUGGGCGGCGAGUGGCGCAGCGACCUGGUGGAGCAGGUGGCGGGCGUGGCGCUGCGGUGCGCCGACAGGCGGCGGGCCAGGCGGCCAGAGCUGGCGGGAGAGAUCCACCCGCUGCUAGUGCGCGUGGCGGCAGAGGCGGAGGCGGAGGUGAAGCGCAGGAAGCAACAGAUCGACCAGCAGUUCAUAUGCCCCAUCUCCAAGGAGGUGAUGCGCGAGCCGGUGGUGGCGGCGGACGGGUUCACGUACGAGCGCGAGCACAUGGAGCGCUGGAUGGCCGCCUGCACGCUCUCCCCCGCCACGGGGCAGCCCCUCGCGCACACCGCCCUCACACCCAACAAUGUGCUCAAGAACCUCAUUGCCUCGCACCGCCAGCGAUGACGCCUGCUGUGCCGUGGUCUGUGAUGGGCAUGGCAGUGAAUGGCCAGUGUGGCGGCACCGCUCAACGGCGCGUGCUGCUCUCUGUGAACAGCUGCACCUAUAAUGGCAUCAUGGGGUUGUGUUGUGUCUGUCAAGAGCA